GAAGUUGGGAGUUGUCAUCUAAAUUUGCGAGACUAUUUUACACUUUCAUGGCGGGCUAUCCAGGUGCCCAAGGACAUUUCCAAGCAGGGACGGCAGUAGUUCCAGCAUCACAAGUGGAAAUAACUGUAUCCUGCAGGGGAUUAAAAGAUGCUGAUGUUUUUUCAAAGUCUGACCCAAUGUGUGUCCUUUUCACAAAAGAUAAAAGAACAGGAUCAUAUUAUGAGAUUGGAAGGACUGAGAUGAUAAAGGAUACACUAGAUCCAGACUUUGUGAAGAAAUUUACAAUGCAGUACUACUUUGAAGAAUCUCAAAAAUUAAAAUUUGAAAUAUAUGAUGUGGAUUCUAGUACAUCAAGACUUGAUGCCCAUGAUUUUUUGGGAAGAUUUGAAGGAACUUUAGGAGAAAUUGUAGGAUCAUCAGGAGGAAAAGUAGAAAGACCUUUAACAUUACAGAAUUAUCAGAAAGGGAAAAUUAUUGUUAGAGCUGAAGAAAUGAGUAACUGUAAGGAAAUAGUCACACUACAGUUUAAAGCCAUCCAUUUAGAUAAAAAGGACUUUUUUGGUAAAUCUGAUCCAUAUCUGGUGUUUUACAGAGCAAACGAGGAUAACAGCUAUACCAUUGUGCAUAAAACAGAAGUAAUAAAAAAUACACUAAAUCCAACAUGGAGACCCUUCACAGUUCACACCAGAGCUUUAUGUAACGGAGACUAUGAUAGAUCCAUCAAGGUGGAGUGUUAUGAUUGGGAUAGUGAUGGAAGCCAUGAUUUCAUUGGAGAAUUUGUGACCAACAUGAGAGAACUAAGUCGAGGUCCUGGUUCUAACAACCAGUUCUCUCCUGCCCAGUGGCCAGUUAUGAACCCUAAGAAAAAGGCCAAGAAGAAGAAAUACACCAACUCAGGGGAGGCUAUACUCAUGUCAUAUAAAAUGGAGAUACAGCAUAGCUUUCUGGACUAUAUACAGAAUGGCACUGAGAUGAGCUUCACCGUAGCUGUGGACUUCACUGCUUCCAAUGGAAACCCUUCCUCCCCAACCUCUCUUCACUAUCUUAAUCCAUAUGGAGCACCGAACCAGUACGCAGCGGCUAUACAGGCAGUAGGGGAGAUAAUCCAGGACUAUGACAGUGACAAGCUGUUCCCUGCCUUAGGUUUCGGGGCCAGGAUGAGUGAUGGAAGUGUACAUCAUGAAUUUGCACUGAAUUUCAACCCAAGCAAUCCAUUCUGUCAAGGUGUGCAAGGUAUUUUACAAGCUUACUACAACUCCCUAAAGAAUGUACAACUUUAUGGGCCAACAAACUUUGCCCCUGUUAUCAACCAUGUGGCCAGGUUUGCAGCUGCAGUGCAGGAUGGCUCUAAUUAUUUUGUGCUGCUCAUCAUCACGGAUGGUGUCAUCACCGACAUGCCACAAACCAUGCAGGCUAUAGUCAAUGCUUCUGGGCUACCAAUGUCAAUCAUCAUAGUUGGAGUAGGAGAGGCAGAUUUUGAAGCCAUGGAUACACUAGAUGGGGAUGAAGUGAGGUUGUCUUACAAUGGCAAGCAAGCAGUCAGGGAUAUUGUACAGUUUGUGCCAUUCCGUGAUUUCCUCCGGGGUGCCAACAGUAGCAAUAUGCAGAUGUGCCAGGCAGCUCUAGCAAAGGAGGUUCUGGCAGAGAUACCAGACCAGUUCCUGUCCUAUAUGAAGGCCCACAAUUUUAAACCUAGACCACCAGCCAAUGCUCCCGGACCAGCUUAUUGAUAAAGAUUCUGUUGUGACUUUCCAAAUAGCACGUUUUAUGGAUGUAACGACUACUGACUAGUACUGUUGAGAGGUAUAAGUACUGUUAUGUUACCUUGAAGAUCUUCUGGGAUCUGAAAUACUACCUAUAUGUCAUGUGACUGUUCUUCUUUAAUGAAAGUCACCAGUAAUCAUAUCAAUGGUCUGAUAUAAAGGUAUACACAAAAAUGACACCAGAAGAGCUGGGGUACUAGUCUGUAUUUGGUCUGUGUUGCCAUUUAUUGUUAAGGGUGUUCAAUUAUAACUAUGGCAAUCUUAGUAUCGGUGAUAGAAAAUUAAAAUAAAAUCAACGCUAGGUGCGGUGUUCGAUGUUUAAGCAAUAUAUUUCAAACAUGAGUUUACCACAUAUAAGAUAUUAACUAGUUUCAUUAGGGUAGUAGAUUACAUAAACACAACAUCUGAAUGCAUGUAUUCCAUUCUCAGUCCUCAGGCAUAAGAAAGAAUAUUGUUUGCUUCCUGUAAUCCUUCUGAUCAAAAAUAAGUGUGCUUUUUCAAAAAUUGUUAUUAAAAUUUAUCAAGAUAGCACUAUUAAAAUCAGGAUCAACCUGCCAUAUAACCUUUGUGUAUUUCAGAAAAAGAUUAAUUCUUGCAACACACCCUGGAUCUUUCAAACCUAUAAUCGGAAACAAACAUUAUUUUUGUUUGGCCUUAUUUAACAUGUACUGUUUGUAUUCCAGAAAUGAAGGCGAGUGGUUUUUAUAGUAAAACAGUAUCUUUGAGUAUCCUUGUAUUUAUAAGAAGAUUAUCACACAACUGUAAAACAAUUCAAAAUGUCUACAAAAAGUCUGUUAUCAAUUCACAAAACAAGGGAGGUAAAAGCACUGGUGUUUCCAGUUAGAUAUCAAAUUUCUCGAAAUAAAUUCUACAUCCUUGUAACAUGUUCUGAAUCAGUGCUCAUUAGCAUAUACCCAUCUUGUCCAAAUUCUGGAUAAUUGAGUCAACAGUUGACAAUCCUUGAAAAGAAAUUUUCAUUCCUACAGGGAAACCUAACGUGAGUUUCUGUCUGUUUCGAUUUCAACAUUCAUUGAGUACACUCUAAGUUUGACAGAUCAUACAUACAUGUACAAGCUGAAAUAAUAUUGGUGUAUGUCUCAUUUUUUGUCAUCUCUGCCAAUUAAGUAUAUAAAAAAUAAUAAAGUUUAUUUAGUUUAUUUGCCAUGAAGUAAGGGAAUUUAUCUAUUUUUUGUGUUGAGAGCGUACCAGUCAUCUGUAUUUCAUCCUUAAGCUAGAACAGCAGUAGGAAAUUAUGAAAGGAAUGAAAGCCUGUAUGAAACCUCUUCUAAACGUGUUUAGAAAUGACUGGGUAGCUAUAUAACAUGAGAUUAUUAUGAAAAUGGCUGAUUAUCAUUGUCAUCAACAUGAAUAUCAGACAUUGUAGAUGAUUCUGUGAUGUGUGUGUAAUACUUUGGCAUGGCACCUGCUACAGACUUGUGUCUAAUUGUAUGUUUUUUUUAUUUGUGUUUUAAUACAGAAGUCCUUCAUGUUGCUGUAUGAUAUAGAACAUUUCUAGAAGUAGUUUUUAAACUAUAAACAUCAGAUCUUGAGAUCAAGAUUUUUUUAUUGUGAUUGUUAUAUUAAAUGUAUGUUUAUGAAAUAUAUGUGUAUACUGUUUUAAUUUUAAUAGGGUAAUGUAUAGAAAUUAGUUAAUAAAUGACAAUUAAAAUUUAUUUCAUCAAAUGACAUUGCAAAUGAGUCCCUGACUUUUUAACAAAUGAGAAAUGAUACAUAACACACAAAAGAAUUAGUUAGAAAAAAGAACAAUACAAAUUUUCAGGCAAAGUAUGUUUUCUUGCCAUUUGGUGAAAAAAGGGUACUUUCAAUAUGGUCUGUUGCACUACACAAAGUUUUGAAGUCUCACUGCUCCAAUACAAUAUGUAGAUACAAAUUUGUAUUUAAAUAUACAGCGUAUCAUUAUUGAUCAUUGUGUUGAAGAUUGGGGUCAUGCUGCAAUUGUCUUUUUCCAUGUCCAUGUGGACACAAUUCUUUACUGAUAUAUAUAUAUCAGAAUUGAGUUUGUCAAUAAAGUCAUACAAAGGGUUACUAUCAGGCUUGGAUGUUAAACUUCCUACAGAAUCGUUAUCACAAAAUUUUUAUUUCUGUCAGAGAAACUUGACUGAUUCUAGAUAUUGGAUCCUCAAGUCCUUGUCACAAUUUUAAUACCAAUACCCAAGAUCAGAACAGUAUUCAAAUAAUAUUCAGAUUUUUAAGCUCAAAAAAGUGUAAACAAAAUAGUUGAACAUGAAUUUUGAAGUGAAGAAUUUUCUCCAAAUUCAAAAAAUUGUUUUGAACAGCAUGGUACAAAAAUUUGAAUAAAGUUAUGACAAUUUAUUUAAAAGGUCAUUUUAAUUUUGAAUAGUCCUAUACCUAGUCCAAGCUUUUUACUUAUCUAUUGAGUCAAAUAUGGUAUGUUACAUUGUGCAUUUUUAUGAAGUGUGAAUUGGAAUUAUAUUCUUUAAGCAUGGUUAGUGGUUCUUAAUGAUGUAAUAAUCCUUAAAAUAUGUUUCUUAUUUACUCAAUAUCUAUUCUUCUUAUAUCUAUUUCAUAUAUAUGUGAACAUAGAACAUGCAUUAUGAUGAAAGGCGAUGAACUUGUUAACAUAAUCAACUUUCAUAAAAGUGUUGACUUAUAAUCCAAUAUAUUAGAUAAUAGGUAUGUAUCUAUGCCUUACAGUGACUGAAAUUGAUUGGCAUUUAUAUACCAUUAGAUAAAUAUCCACAUAGUCGUGUUUAUCACACAGAAUGUAUUAGUUUCAACUUUUUAUUUUUUCAAAAAAAUAUAUGUGUGUACAGUAUUAUUUGUGUUACCACUCGUAACUCAGAGAAAAUUAUCACAUCCGAAUUCCUACUAUCAACUACUUUCAAUAAAGAUGUAUUAAAGUUAAAAAGCUCAAAUAGAUAUAAGUAUUUUUCAUCAUAUUGCAUGUCAUGCAGCUAGCUUUACAAUUAUGAUAUCCUUUUCAUAAUGCUUGUAAUAUGGAUGGCAACAGGACACCUGUUAAUUGGCUGUCUUACUUAACUAAUCAUGCUGUCAGUGAAGUUUUCCUAGGAAAUGACCAAUAAAAUGUUAGUAGCAGGUUUGCAUUGUUUUUAUCACUGGUUAAAACAAAUAAAUUUCAUGUAUGGUGUACAAAACUUGCAUUUGAGUUAACUGGAGAGUUUUAAUUUUUUUUUUUUUUAAUGGGGAAAGGAGGGAUUUUGAAAAAGUUUCUCUUUUAGGAAAAAAUGUAUUGGUAUGUGAAAAGUACAUGUUAGUUAACUGAGGAUUAAUGUCAGAAAUUUUUUCCCUAUUAGUCGCAAAAUAAUCAUUAAUGGUGAUUUUAUCAGACAUUUAGUCUUGAUAACAUUCCAGUUUUGUUAGAGGGACUGUAUCUUAUAAUUUUACACUACAUCCUGCUGUCUUUUCACCCUGAACAUUUAAAAUGUUCAAAGGCUGUGAUUAUUGUUGUGUUAAAGGGACAUGUAAUUGUUAUUCCUGUGUGAGGAUAAACCUAUUACAGUAGCAUUUUAGUUGUGUAGUUAAUAUUUAUCCCAUAUGAAAGCAUGUCUUGAUAAACAUGAUAUGAGUAUGAUACCCACAUAUUGAUGUACAGGCCCCAGACAUAUAAAUGUAUCAUUUUAUCUUCUCCAUAUUCAUAAUUUUACAUACCAGCUUUGUCUGGAGGGAUUGGGAUCUUUUAAUGUUUUACCAGCAAACAUAGCAUACACAAUGAAUUUGAAUUUCAUGCACAGUCUACAAGAUAAAUAUGUAGACACCAAACGAAAAAACAUAUUGUACACUGUAUUUGUGGGAGAGACCUACUGGCUGUCUCACUUUCUGAAACAAUAUAUGUCUUUAUCCCUUUAUCCCCAGAAGGGAGGUAACUGCUGAUAAUCUAUUGUUAGAAACAUAUCAAAUGAUAGUAAUUAGUCACCAAUAGAUAAAUAACUCUGCUGUUUGUCUUAUCUGAGGAUCAAUACACCUAAAAAUAUUGUCAGGAGAGAAACAAUUGAGUUGUCUCCCCUGGUGAAAGAUGUAUUUGUUAAUAAUUUUACCCCAAGAGAGAUUGCUUGUAAUUUUCCCAGGAGAAACCCACUAGAGAGAAAGGAUUCGUCUCAGUCUUUCUAGGACAUCUAGACACUUUUUAGUCUCCCUUUAAGAGAUGUAUCUGGUAGUUCAUUAAACAUUUACCUUUCACAACAUUUUAAUAAUCAAGAAGGCACAUCUGAUGUAAAAGUGCUAUACUUGGGCUUCCUUGUAGGGUUAUUUUGUCUACCUACAGAAAUUAUCAACUUUAGGGUUUUUUUCAGAGAAGCAUUUUAAAGGGAUUAUUUUCACAAAAGAGUUUUUAUAGUGUCCUUUUUAUUUUUAUUGAAGCAUGGUCAAAAUGUAAUUUAUAAAUGACUAUAUAAUCAUAUCAGUACAUGUAUGUGUUUAAUGCUUUUGAUAUUUGUACUGUUUAAGGGUACAUGGGCCUGUAACAAUAUUUCUGGGGAAUGAGGGUUUGUAUGGUAAACAGUAACUAGUAAAGGUUGUACUAGUUAUAGUAUACCAUACACGUCUUCAUUGACACCCAAAAACGUUGUUAUGAGCCCCCGUGUUUAAAGUAACGUGAUUCAUUUAACACUUCUUUCUUAACAGCUCUUCACCUGUUAUCGUCUACUCCUACAGAUGAUAUUAUAUAUGUGAAUGUCUGGUGUAAAUUGUUUGAUGGUAAACUCUAGUCCAUUGAUAUGUGUAUAGUGGAUUACUGGAUCUGAUUAUCAAAAGCUAGUUACCAGCUGUUGUAAACCUUAUUGAUAAUCUGUUGUGUGUGUCGCGCUAGAUAUAAUGUCAAAUCCCUUUAUAAUGCCAAAUCCCUUUAUAAUGUCAAAGCUUACUAAGUAAUAUUAUGACAAGGGUUUUUAUUGUCCAGUAUAACAACACUGAGGCACCAUUCUGUUCCUUCUGUGUUCUCCAGUGAUGUCCCCCAGUUUCAAUAAUGACCACCUCUUUGUGACUUUCUCUUGUUACACAUAUGUAAUACAGGUAUAGAUGUUAUAUAUUAUGUAAUUAAUAACCUAUUUCAUUUCACAUUGCUAUAUAUUGUCAAAAUAAAUCCUGUGCAAUUGGUUCCUUGGUGUAGACCUACAGUUUAGGAAAAAAAUGAAUGAUUGUUUCAACCAACCAAAAUCAAACAAAACAUAUCAUUGGAAAAUAUCUGAUUUCAAUGGUAUUUUAUAUAACCUGAUAUGUGGUCUUUAAAAUUGUGUGGGAUGUUAACUAGUUAGUCUUUAUCAAUGGAAAGACAAACAACAUGGCAGUGAAUGUUAAUAAGAUGUGUUUGUUCAGCUAUCAACUAUGAGUUUUAUACUUAUUAUGGCGGAAUCACAUAUCAUCAAAAAUAAAUGUUUUUUUUAAUCUGGAGGUCAUUUCCUUAUCAAACAAGCAGCAAUAAUCAGUCAAUUUUAUAUGCACCUCAGUUCAACAAACGACCAAUAUUUCUUAUUCCCUCGUGUCUGUUACUUCAUGUUCUUUACUUUUACAAUAGAUAUCAAUUCUUUUACUAUGUAACUUUCGA